GCAUUCAACCCGCAUCUGUCAGCGGUUCUAUUAUUUUGUCUGAAUGACGACAGUCUAUUUUUGAAAAUAAACUAAAUAUAAUGCGAUUUGCAUAAUAAAGCCAUUGAGGUCUGAAUCAAAAAACCGGAUCGCGGGUGCGAUAAAAUGGCUUCGACAUACGUCCUGUCGUUUAUGUUCAUACUGACGCAGUAUUUGCUGCUGAACUGUGCGUCGGCGGCCGUGCAUAACCACCAGGUGGAUACCGUGGAGCGGGAGAGCGAUGGCAGCUUCCGAGCGAGAGACUUCGAGCACUACGGAGACUCCGGACAUAAUUCAGAGUUCGACCACGAAGCCAUCUUAGGGAGCGUGAAGGAGGCUGAGGAGUUUGACCAGUUGAGUCCUGAGGAGGCGAAACGCCGGCUCGGCGAUCUGUUGGUGAAGAUGGACCUCAAUGGAGAUAAGAUGAUUGACCGGCUUGAGCUCAAAGAGUGGAUCUUAAAUUCUUUCCGAAAGUUAUCCAGAGAAGAGACAGAAGAGAGGAUGAAGGAAGCAGAUGAUAACCGUGACGGAGUAGUCUCUUGGAGUGAAUACUUGUCUGAUGCUUUUGGAGUGGACUCCGAGGAGGAGAUUCUGCCGGAAGACACGGGGGACACUGGCAUGCUGGUGCAAGAGGAGAAACAGAUGUGGGCGGCGGCGGACGCCAACGGCGACCAGACACUAGACAUCGACGAGUUUGAGGUUUUCACGAAUCCGGAGGAACACGAGAAGAUGCACGCGUUCCUUCUCGCGCAGACGAUGAGGGAAAAGGACAGCAACAACGACGGCAGCAUCAGCUUCGAGGAGUUCAUCGGAGACCGGGGUGGUCACGACAAAGCGUGGAUGUUGGCGGAACGCGACAAGUUCGACCAUGAGCUCGACGCGGAUCGCGACGGGAAACUCAACACGGAGGAGAUUCGUCGCUGGAUCAUACCCGAUAACGACGAAAUCGCACUAGAAGAGGUGGAACACCUCUUCGCCUCAUCCGAUGACAACUCAGACGGACGUCUCAGCUUCACAGAGGUCCUCGACCACUAUCAUCAGUUCGUGGGGUCAGAAGCUACGGACUACGGCGACCAUCUCAUGGGAGACCAUUUCGACGAUGAGCUCUAAGCGAGGUAUAUGUACCAACUUUAACGGGGCUACUCGUCAGGUUACUGGCUACGACCAUCUCAUAGGUGACCGUUUUGACGGUGAACUCUGGCGAGAUCUACGUACCAUCCUAAUCGGAGAGACUACCCACUAUCAGUUCGUGGGGUCAGAAGCUACGGUUUCGCCUGGGUAAAUGUAUUUUGCUAAUGGCACUAACUCCAUCGGAGUUUGUACAUAAGUAGAGUAAUUCUAAGUAGAAUAGUGUAUAUUGUAAAGCAGUGUUGAUAAUUAUCUGUUUCUGAAUAUUUCAUUUUAGAUCAAUUUUAUUUUAUUGACUUGAUUUGUUUUACUUUGAUUCUACAUAAAGGAUGUUAGAAAUUCAAAAUUAUUAUUUUGUGUUAAUAUUUACCGUUCUGUAUUUUAAUAUUUAUGUUAAUUCUAUGUACGAAAUAAUAAAUAUUGAGACCAUAGUAGAGACGUCUAGGCAUAAGUAGUCAUACAUUUUUUGGGAAUGUUAAGUAAUGAAUAAUAAUAAAAUAUAAUUUAUAAAAAUGUAAACAACUACUAGCUACCUAAAUGCUAACUUGUAGUACCUUGACUGCCAACAAAUUAAAUAGCUAAGUUUAUCUUAAUUAUGUCGUAUUUUUACGUGUAUUUGACACAGUUCUCGCAUAUGUUGAAUCCGUUAGAUGACUAGUCAUUACAGCAUAAACAAAAGAAUACCGUCAAGUGAGGUAACUGGGGACAGAGGGAUAACUUUACAUUUUCUUACUAGGCCAGAUGCCCCGAUUCUGACCACUAGCACCAUAUUUGGCCAGUUGAAAUUUUAAUAAUUUUAUUUGAGUUUUUAAAGCUUUAUAUGGUAGAAUUGAGUUUGUAAUGGUAUAUAACGAAUAAAUUUAUUUGAUAUUAAGUUUACACAUUAAAUGGUCAAAACCGACCCAGUGGCCAGAACCGGCGUCUGUAAAACCGUACCUUAAAAACUCCCUAAUUCCUGAUUCUAACAUUGUAAAGAGUACACUGCUGUCAGCCACACUUUGGAGUAUUUUCUUUGUCUAAUGUUACCCCUCAUGUCCCCAGUUACUCCACUUGAUGGUACUAAAAUUUAAAGGGAUUAGAAAUAUUGUACCUGCUAAUUUAGCGGAAGUAGAUGGCGUUGUUAGUAAGCAUAAUAACUUCCACUGCUUCAGUUACGGUAUACGGGCGUUUUCUAAAAUAAAUAUUGAUAACCUGAUUCUUUCAAAUCUUGACAUUCGUGGGCUCAUUCUAAGAAUCUACAGCAUUCUCCAUCCGACCAUUAAAAAAAGAUGUCCCAAAAUGUCCAUUCCAUUACGUCAGGUUUUAGUGUGAUAUUUUUUUCACUUGUAUGUGCGUGACGUAUGAAAUGUAAAAUUUUCAUACAAAUUUUUGGGACUUUUUUAUCAUCAGGAUUGAAUAUGCUAGUGCAUUUGAGUUCAAAGAACCCAAAAACACCAGGAUCUGUUAGGAUCAGGUUUUCAAUAUUUAUUUUAGAAAACGCCCAGACCUGUUCUAAACUGAAACAAGUCUUCAUGAUGAACUGAAACCAACUGAGACCACCUCACCAUAAAAGGUUAAUUGAAUGUAAAUAAAGGAUACUUGUCGCGAGGCAUUUCGUACUUUGACCCGCCUGUUCCUAUCUCUAUCGCACGCGCAUAAUUAUAUUGUCAUCUCGCUCGCACAGUGUGAUUGAUCGUCGUCAUCAGUGUGCGAGACAGCAAUUAUAAUUACGCGCGAGCGAUAGAGAUAGGAACAAGCGGGUCAGUGCACGAAAUAGGGUUGUUGACAUAUGUUGAAUUUUAUAAUUAAAUCUAGUUAAAUAGAUAGAAAAUGAGCAAUUUAUAACAAUAAAUUGGAAACUUAAAAAAUACAAGACCUCAUUUUCAAAUAUUUUUUUAAAUUCCAAAUAGGAAAUAAUGAUACCAUUCGAUUCAUUACAUUUUAUUAAAAAAAUAUUGUAUACCUGGCAAUAAUAUACAUAACCGCAAUAUUUCACCGACAAAAUCGCAAUUUUCUUUUUUUUUCCACACAUUGAAACGGCUUCUAAGCAAUAGAGACGUUACAUGGUGACGUCACGAUGUAAUUUUGUUAGAAGCGUUUUGUCAGUAAAGUGCGGGUGCCAGACUUUGACUAUCAUUUGUGACUUUUGUAUUGCUUUAAGGCAAUAUUUAGGUCCCAUACAGACAUUUGAUCCUCAAAACAAACCUGAUCGACUGAUAUCAUUCAUAAAAAAUUGUCAAAUACCCUGUUCCUCGUCUUUCUUCAGCAUCUAUACAAUACUAUUGAUAAUUCAAACUUUAGUUUUUAGGACUAAUCAUAACAUUAUUUUGUAUGAAUAUGACAAUUGACAUAAUAAUUAAUUAUAAUUUCUCAAACAUAAAAAUAUUUUUAAACUUUAAACACCAACGUGGCCUAUUAUUGUUGUCACAAGGUAAAACAAGCAGUCUAAAGGGGUUUUUUCAUUAUUAAACCCUAAGUAUCCUAACCCUUAAUUUGGCACCAAUGGCACCAAAAUUGGUAGUGAGUUCAAGGAAUAGGGAAAAUUACAAAUUUGUAUAACCCCUGAUAUUAAAGUGAUAGUUUGAUUGCCCUUGUUUGUCCAGCCGAUUUGUUAUUUGGGGCAUUUUCUAUAAAAAGGGACCUUAUUGUCGAUGGCGCUUACGCCGCACAGCGUCGCGCGGCAUUGUAUUUAUA